AAGCCCAGCCGGAUGCUGUCUGCGCCGUUAGCACCGUGUGCUCAGGAUCGGUGUUUUUAAAGGGAACCAAGGUUGUUGAGGUCUGGUGGGCUCAGCGGGUUGAAGGUUGCUGCUGGUUGCAGGCCCCUGUGGAGCAGAAGAGCUGUGCCAUUCCCCCCUUUUUUCCUCUCAUGUCCCCCCCUGUGUGUUUCCCUGUGUGUUAGUGACCCCGCACCCCCACCCACCCCCCACCUGGUCCCUCCCGUUGUGUCGCCACUCCUGCCCGAAGCCCCCCUCUCACCCCAUGCUUGGGACAAAGCCAGCUCACUGCCAGCCCAAUGACUGCCUGGAUCGUCCUGCCUGUCAGCCUGUCUGCCUUCUCCAUCACAGGAAUAUGGAUAGUGUAUGCCAUGGCUGUGAUGAAUCACCAUGUUUGUCCUGUGGAGAACUGGUCUUACAACGUAACGUGCACAGAGGAGCUUCCCCGACCAGGCUUCCCCAAGACAUGCUGCACCAUCCAGGACAUCCCCCUCAUCAGUAAAUGUGGCUCCUUCCCUCCUGAAAGCUGUUUGUUCAGCCUGAUCGGCAACGUUGGAGCCUUCAUGGUGGUGAUGGUGUGCCUUCUGCGUUACGCCCAGGUGAUCGAACACUGCCACCGAUGUUGGGUCAACACCAGCGCUUUGGUCUCCGGCUGCACCAACGCGGUGGGUCUGGUCAUGGUGGGAAACUUCCAGGUCGAUCAUGCCAAAUCUCUACACUACGUGGGCGCCGGUGUGGCGUUCCCAGCGGGGCUGCUGUUUGUGUGCCUGCAGUGUGUACUCACCUACCGGGUGGCUGUGACCGCCCUCGACUACUGGAUGGCCCAUUUCAGAGUGGCUCUGGCACUGGGAGCAAUGGUGUCCCUCGUCCUCAGCGGCAUCUUCUUCAUCCACGAGAGCUUCGUCCUGCAGCACGCCGCCGCCAUCUGCGAGUGGGUCUUCACGGUGGACAUCCUGGUCUUCUACGGCACCUUCACCUACGAGUUCGGCACCGUCACCAGCGAGACCUUGAUGGCGGGGCUGCAGCAGAGCCACCACCUCGGCUCGGGGGUCAUCAUGGGCCCCAGGGCCCGGGGCUCGACGCUGGGCGGAGCGACCAAAGGCCUCAAGUCCCCCGGGGGAAGCAGCACGUCCACACAUCUCAACUGUACCCCCGAGAGCAUAGCCAUGUUGUAGCUCUGACACGCCCCUGCAGAGGUGCAUCGUGGGCUCCCACAGGAAGGCGAGACGACAGAGGAAGUUGUGAUAUCUUUAACCGUCGAACCAACAGGUUAUCCCGUCUGUACUAUCUUUUAUUUCUUCCCCAGCGUUGGUCCGAGACGCCACUGCGGUCCUGGUCCCUGUAGCGGAGGGAGGGGCCGGUUUAAAGACUGGAGCCAUGAAUGUUUUCCAAGAUGGCGGUCGAUUUCUUCACUUGAGUAUGUUGUUUCCCAAACAGAGUUUUUAUAUUCCGGUUGUUUUUUUCUAUAACUGUGCCCACAAUGUUUUUCCUCCUCCCCCCCCCCACACACACACACACUCCUUCAUGAACUCCCGAUGCUUUGAUGGCCCACCUGUUUUUGGCCUUUUCGCUUAUCUCUGCACGGCACACUUUUUGAAUGAGAGAAUAACAAUUACCGUUUGAGUUCGCGUAGUAAGUAGAAAAUAUUGAAUGUUUGAGAAGUGACUAGUUAACAGUUAUGUAUGUUUUUAUGGCCUUUUUAUUCAAUCAAAGCAUAAAUUAUCUGUCAAACGAUCGGCAACAAAUCAUUCUCCUCACCCGACACGUUGAUCCGGUCGCACAGAUGAUUUUAAUGCAAAUUUUGAUGGUAUUUUUAAACAUAGUGUGUGUACACGUGUAUCAUUCUUGAGAUCAUAAUCCAUUUCACUGACCCGAGUGCAGCUCAAUCACUCGUCUCCCUGGAUGUCAGUCGUCCCACAAGUCGUACGGUCGGAUGAUUUCUUUGUAACAUUUUAAAUCCGGGUAUCAUUCCUUCUUUUCACGUUCGAUCCAAAAUCAGAGAAUUACAAAACCGUUUGUUAUUCCUUUAUAAAUCCGCAAUAAUCCCAAAGAAAGCCCAGAAAAUCCUGGAGGGACUGACAGCUGAUAGUUAACUCACUGUCUCCAUGGCAACAGCAUACUUCCUGUUUGUUGUUUAUACCUUCACACAGGUGAAAAUACGAAGCUCAUACUCAAAUCAGACACAUUAAAUAUCUAAACGUAGGAAAAAUGAGCUGUUACUAGUUUUAUGUGUUGGAUUUAUAAAUGAAUCAUUCUUUUUAUUCUAUAUUGAAUGUGAAAAGAACAGAUGAUUAAUUUACAUUUCAUGCUACCUUUUUCUUUUAUGUUUUAUUACAUUGACUGUCCUGUCCGGUGCAAUAAUUGCCAUCAAUCAUGUGAUCGUUUCCGCUCCUCUGGAGUGAACAAUGCCUUUUUCAGUGUGUCGGAGUUGAACAGUGCUUGUUUUUGUUUCGUUUGAAGAAAAAGUGACACGGAGACAUUUUGAAGCGAAGGUGCUUUCGAAGGUUGAAACUAUAACCCGACUAACGCACUCACAGAGCGACAGUUCUCGUCCACACACUGAUUCGAUUCCAGGCUGGACCCUUGGAAGCCUUAUUUGAGUUUUCUGUUACGAAGCCUUUUCAGUAGUUGUAGGUUCGCAGGAGUUUGACUGACAGGUGGAGAUGAUGCUCGUUGACUUUGUGCCAUAAACCUCUUGGCGUCUGUACGGCAAUACAACCAGACAGCACCACAGGUUGGAGACUUGUAAAGUGAAAGUGUGUCACAUAUUUAGAGGUUGUUGUUUUUUUAUGAUUUCCUGUUGCCAAUUUCUCCAAAAGUGAUAAUUGAUCCUUCCUAAGUCCCGCCCCUUUUUGCCCUGCGCUCCAAUCACGGUCAGCAUAUCUACUGUUAUCGGAGCACAGACCAAAAGUGGGCGGGACUUUUAGGGUCAAUUAGCUCACCACCUGACUGCCACAAACUACCACUGCUCCAACUAAAGCUGACUAAUGCCACCCUGUUUAAGUUCCACUCAGAGUCUUUUUGUGAGAAGUAUGUUUCAUAACACGCACAGUAUUCUGCCCUCUGCGUAGUGUUGAUGCAUUUCUAACUGUUACCACUGGAUGCCAGCAAUACACGUUUUUAAAAAGGUCACAUCACCUACCUCUUUUUAUCUUUUGUGGGUUUGAUGUUCUGAGGCAAAAGCUAGAGUUCCAACAUGUUUAUUUUAUUUCCAUCUCACAGUUGCUUUGAGGUCGAGAAGUAUUUAAUGCGAUGUUGUCUCGGUGAUCCACAGAGACCGGACGGUGGAUCUGCUGUGACAUGAGCUGUGUUAUCAUGUGUCGGGUCAGUUUUCUUUUACAUCUUUUGUGCAAAUGAUUUUUUUCUUUCUGGGACUGCAGCAAUCUUGAUCUUGCCAAAAAAAGAGUGGAAUCCACAGGAGGUUUGGUUGUUUAUCCGUGUGUCUGCAGUAGGUGUAUGAGUAUGUGAGUGCACUGUUUUAGCCUUAUCCCUCGUGCUGUGCCAGGGGAACAUGUUCUUUUCUUUUUUAAUCUUGUGUUCAGCUGUAGCCUAUUUCACCAUACUGUAACUAAAGUCACAAGGUGUGACUACAAAUGGCAGCUUGUAUGAGCCCUCACAUCAGGGUUGGAUAUUCUUCUGUAACAGCAUCUCCACCACACCACCAUCUUCCACAGGCCAAAAUUACAGGUGGAUUUUUACAACCUUUUCUUUCCUUUUCUGUUACAAUGUGCACUUCAGUGAGCUGUCAUAUGGUAUCUUUGUUUGUGGGAGAGUCCUAUAUUACAAAAAGGCUGCCUGACCUGUACACGUCUUGAACUCUAGCAACAACAACACAGAAACAAACGUCUAUAAAGAAAAAAAUGUAUUAAGUCUCAUUUCCUGGAUUUGAAAAGUAUGUAAGAGUCGGAGAAAUCCCCAAAAACAAGUCGACACAGAUGAUUUUGUUUCCUUUUAUAAAUUCUGUAAAUAUGUAUGAUUUGUCUAUCAUUUAGGUAUUUUCAUUUGACAGAGAUUUAUAUUCAAAUAUGAAAUAAAAAUGAUAAAUUAUUA